GUGUACGAUGCGGUGGCGCGGCCCGCCGUCUCCUCCACCCUCGCCGGCUUCAACGCGUCCAUCAUUGCCUACGGCCACACGGGUGCCGGCAAGACACAUACCAUGGAGGGGGCGCCCGAUGGAGCGCAGCGCGGCAUCAUCCCCCGCGCCGUCGCGGACAUCUUUGAACACCGGAGCGCGAGGCCCGGCGCGCGCCGCUUCUUGGUGCGCGCGUCGUACCUGCAGAUCUACAACGAGGUGCUCUCGGACCUCCUCAAGCCGGGCCGCAACGGCCUAGCCAUCCGCGAGGACCGGAAGAAGGGCCUCCGCGCUGAAGGCUUGUCGGAGUGGGUCGUCCGAUCUCCCCAGAUCUCCUCGCAGGUGGAUGGUCUGCUGCGGCGCGGCGCCGAGACGCGUGCCACCGCCGCCACCGCGGCGAACGACGCGUCUUCGCGCUCGCACGCCGUGUUUUGCUUGACGUUUGAGCAGAGCGAGGCGAGCGGCGGCGGCGAGGCUUGCCCGCGGGGCAGUGUCUUCCGCUCGUCCAAGCUCAACCUGGUCGACCUCGCGGGCUCCGAGCGGCUCCGCGUCUCGGGCGCCUCCGGGCAGCGGCUCGAGGAGUGCAAGUACAUCAACGGCUCGCUCGCGGCGCUCGGAAAUGUCGUCGCCGCUCUCACCUCGGGAACGGCGAGACACGCGAGACACGUGCCGUACCGCGACUCGAAGCUGACGCGCUUGCUGGCAGACUCGCUCGGCGGGAACUGCAAGACGACGAUGAUCGCGUGCGUCGCCGCCGCGUCGAUGGCCGAGACGGUGAGCACGCUCAAGUUCGCGUCGCGGGCGAGGCACGUCCACAACUCUGCGCGGAUCAACGAGCAGAUCGACCAGCGCACCGCCCUAGAAGCGGAGAGA